AAAGAUAACUUAAACUCCCUUAACUGCUUAAGGCCCAAACGGGUAGAAAAGUGGCAGAAAAAAUCGCAAAACCAAACACAGCCUUGGAAGAAGAAGAAGAACCCUCCUCUCCCAAACUAGAAAACCCUAGCACGCCAUUUCUCUCAUUUUGCCGUUGCUUCUUCCCCUUCUCGCCGUUCAUCAUCCCGUCGCCGGCGAAGCUGUGUUGUCAGCACGCCGUCCCGCUCGCGAGAGAAGAAGCUCGUGAACCAGCUGGUCCUCCUCGCGAGCUGUUCGCUGCCGCGUGGGAGGUUCAUCACCAGAGACGGUCAGAGACAAUUUUUUUCACAGCCUUUUCUUUUGAGGUUCCUCUGGGUUUUAGUGAUAUGUGCUGCCAAUGCUCCUCCAUAGGUCCCCUUUCAGAUUAUGAUAUCUUCCAUGUUUGCCUCUGUGCAAUUAUUAAUGCUACAAGUUGAAAAAUAGUCUGCUGAAGCUGAGUCUAUAUACAUAGGGCUCUAGAUGGAUACAUCUGAGCAAGGGAACGGGGAUUAUGCUCCAAUCAGGGAUUCAGAAGAUCCACAAUUGGGAAAAUUUGACAAGCCACUUCCAUGUUUUGGCUGUGGAAUUGGAUGGUUCUCUCUUCUGUUAGGAUUUGCAUGCCCAUUGCUGUGGUAUUAUGCUACAAUUCUCUAUUUUGGAAAUUACUAUCAUAAAGACCCAAGAGAGCGUGCUGGACUUGCUGCUUCUGCAAUUGCUGCUCUAGUUUUUACAAUUGCUGUGCUGAUAGCAGUACUGGUUAUCUUCCUGUAAUUAUGGUUUCAGCUAACCUCUAUUUAUUCAAUCAAUGAAGAAAAAAAAAAAAAAUCUGUAU